CUUGUGUCGCUAACAUUAUCAUUUAAUUAUUAUCUUUAUCGCCUGUUUCUUCAUUCAAAGUUUUAUUAUUGACGUGAUAUAAUGUAUACAGUGAUUUUAGUUUUAAUCACUGUUUCAGGAAUCCAUGGCUGGACGGACACGAAAGUGAGAAGAUUUCGUGAUGACUUCUUAUUCGGUGUCGCGACAUCUGCGUAUCAGGUGGAGGGGGCCUGGGAUGUUGAUGACAAAGGCGAAAAUAUUUGGGACAGGUUCCUGCACGAGCACCCUGGUGUGAUCGCUGAUGGUAGGAACGGAGAUGUUGCCUGUGACUCCUACUACAACUACCAAAGGGACGUGGAGAUGCUCAGAGAACUUGGGGUUGAUCAUUACAGAUUUUCUAUAUCUUGGAGCAGAAUACUUCCCACUGGUUUCUCCAACGAAAUUAAUGAAAAAGGUAUCGAAUAUUACGACAGUUUGAUAGACGAACUCAUCAAAUACAAUAUAGAACCAAUGGUCACGUUAUUCCACUUCGAUUUGCCGCAAAACCUCCAAGAUUUGGGAGGCUGGGCCAACCCUCUCUCCGUGGAAUGGUUCGAAGAUUACGCUAAGAUUGUUUUCGAAAAGUUUGGCCACAAGGUCAAAUAUUGGAUAACAAUGAACCAACCCAACUCGAUAUGCGUGGACGGAUAUGGAGGGAUUGAAUUUGCUCCAGCGGUUGGGUCCAGUGGUGUUGCAGAUUAUUUGUGCAUUAAGAAUGUUUUACUGGCGCACGCGAAAGCGUAUCGAUUGUACCAAACGGAAUAUAAAACCAAAUACAAAGGUUCCGUGGGCAUAUCUUUAUCUUUGAACUGGGCUGACUCAGUCGAUAAUAAAACUGAAAAUGUGGAAUCCACUGAUUUGUUCAGAGAGUUUUCGAUCGGCUUGUACAUGAAUCCGAUAUGGUCGAAAGAAGGGGAUUUCCCGGCUGUAGUCAAAAAGCGAGUCUUGCAAAAAAGUAUUGAACAGGGUUACCGUAAGUCUAGGCUGCCGGAAUUAAACUCAGAAGAGAUAAAGCUUUUGAAAGGGUCAGCAGACUUCUUAGGAGCAAACCAUUACACAACGUAUUUUGUAAAGAAAGCAGAGAAGCGUCUUCCAUCUCCCUCUAUCGAUGACGACAUCGGUGUCGAGCUCAGUCAACCAUCGGAUUGGAAAACUUCGCAAUCGAGUUGGUUAAGGAGCGCACCCUAUGGACUAUACAAGAUGAGUCUACACAUAAACAAAGUGUACGAUUACCCACCCGUGUUCAUCACGGAACACGGCUGGUCCACGACGAAGGGUCUGAAGGAUUCAUCCAGAGUUAAAAACUUGAGGAACUAUUUCAAUGCCCUCCUCUUAGCCAUUGAAGACGGUACUGACGUGAAGGGUUACACGGCGUGGAGUCUGAUGGACAAUGUCGAAUGGACCGCUGGUACCAGCGAACGUUUCGGAUUGUAUGAAGUGAACUUCGAAUCUAAAGAGAAAACGAGAAAAGCAAGACUGUCAGCACUAGUUUAUAAAAGACUUAUAGAACAACGAAUUGUGGAAGAAGACUGGAAACCAGAUAAUCUGAAUAUUUCUAUAACGAACAGGAAAAAAUAUGCAAAAGUAGAAUUAUAACAUGUUUUAAAUAAAUAAAAAUUAUAUUAUAUUAAA